UAUAGGAUAGGGCUUAGGACAUAACCACAGAUAAAGAAACCCCUUCCCACCUCUGCCGCCUUCUCCCCGAUCCCACCCACCACCGAGUCCCCGCCGAGAUGGCCGACCACCGGGGCAAGCGGCCGUCGGAAGCCGCGGCCGCGGCGGCAUCGCCAGCGGCGAAGCGCGCCCGCGACCCGUCCGCACCGGCGUUCCCCACGUACAAGGAGGCCCCGAACUUGAAGAUCCAAAUCCUCGGCGAGAUACUGGCCUCCGCCUCCUCCGCCGCCGACGUGGACGAUAAGCUCACCAAGGCCAAUAUCGGCGUCACCACCGACGACGUCGAGCAGGUGCUCCGCUUCUCCUACGCGCACCCGCGCGCCGCCGCCGCCUUCUUCAGCUGGGCGGGCCACCAGCACCUCGGCCACGAGCACUCCCCUUACUCGUGGAACCUUGUCGUCGACAUCCUCGGCAAGAACCGAAUCUUCGAGCCCAUGUGGGAAACCGUCAGGUCCAUGCACUCCCAGCGCCUUCUCUCGCUGGCCACCUUCGCCUCCGUGUUCUCCUCCUUGGCGGCCAGCCCCGGUGGCAACCCGCUCAAGGCGUUCGUGGACAUGCCACGCUACGGCAUGGCCCGCGACACGACGGCGCUCAACUCUCUCCUCUCCGCGCUUUGCCGCGCCAACCGCCUCGACGACGCCCGCGCCGCGAUUCCCGUGGCUCGCGCCGAGGCCGGCACGCGCCCGGACGCCGACUCCUACGCCAUCCUUCUCGAGGGCUGCGAGGCAGCCGCUGAUCCGCGGGUUGCGCGCGAGGUGUUCGACGAAAUGGUGCGUGACGUCGGCUUUGAUCCUAACAACGUGCCUGCCUAUGAUUCCUUCCUUACUACACUUGUUUCAAGUGACUCCUCCACGGCGCUACCGGAAGCGAUGGAUUAUCUGGCAGUCUUGAGCCGGCGCGGGUGCUCGCCAGGAGAGAAGUUCUUCCAUGCCGCUCUUGUUGCACACCUUGAGGCACGCAAAUUGCGUGAUGCAAUGGCGCUUUGGGAUGACUUUGUUGGACAUCGGGGGCUCGUCCCGGAUUUGGAGAUGUACAACACAAUGAUCAUGCUGCAGGGCAGUCUUGGGCAUGCUGAGGUGACAGUGGAGUAUCUCGACGACAUGGCCUUCAACGGAGUGUUCCCUGACGCUGGCACAUAUAAUUUGGUCCUCCAGUUUUUGCUCAAGGGGAGGAAGCUCCGGGAGGCAGCAGCGAUCUUUAGCGAGAUGGUCAAGAAUGAGCUUUGGCCAAAUGAGGAGAAUUGCUCAUUUGCACUUUGCAUGUUCUUGGAUACACGUGAUUGGGAGAUGGGGAUCAAGGUCUGGAACUGCAUGGUGGAGAAUGGCCUGCCACCAUUGGAAGAGAGUGGGAACAUGCUGGUAUCAAAGCUGAGGGAUGACAGGCUGCCCGAGGCAUGCAAGUAUGCUGAAGACAUGAUUGACCGAGGUAUCAAGUUGAGCUCAUCGACUCUGUCAAAGCUGAAGCAGUGCCUGCAGAAGAUUAGGAAAGGAGAGAUCCAUGAUCACCUACUUAAAAAAUGGAAGGCACGCUAGUUUGUUGAGGUCUCUUAUGCCAGUUAGUGGGUUAGCAUGAUUAAAGACACGUGAGAUCGUUUCUUCACUCUUUAGCGGACAGAUUUAUUGUGCUUUUGUUGCUUGGAAAUUUAGUUUCUGUGCAGUCUCCAAAAAAUUUAGGUGAACUGUGUACGAUGUAACAUAUCAGUAGAGGAUGGUUUUAGUAUCUUAGACUUGAAGCUCCUAACAUGUCUUCUGUUUUGGUCCAUGAGAUUCUUCCUCGGUGCUUUUAGUUUGAUCUUUAUUUUGAGCUUUCUCUUGCCCUUUUGAUAUGGCAUGAUAAAUUGAUAA